UAAAGGACUUGUAUAUCAGUUAUCCAAGAACCGCUUCGCCUAAUUCAAACCCAUAACGUAAGAAAUAUUCUGUCAAUUACUUUUAGCCUGCUGAGGUAUGUGAUUUGACGACCUUGGUAGACGCGGAUUUUUGGUCACGACCGGUACCUCAUGGAAUCCCUAGUUAAGAAGACGUGCUAUGAGUUAAAGGAUCACGGAGUGCUCCACCAUCAUGGUGCAGAAGAUCGUUGGAGCCUAAGUGUAUUUAAGAAAAAAUUCCACGUGGAAAUUAUUCGUCAUGGCGAGGAGUCUGAUACAAUGGAAUUCGAUAUGAUUAAUUUGGAUUGCUCCUUCGCCAAUGCAGUUCGGCGAAUUUUGGUCUCUGAAGUUCCUUCUCUCGCAAUAGAAAGGGUCUAUGUUUCUCAGAACACGAGUAUCAUGCCGGACGAGGUUAUGUGUCAUCGCCUUGGCUUAAUCCCACUCGCUGUUGACCCCAAAUAUUUUUUGUUCCCUACAAGAAAGCCUCCUGCUUCCGACGACCUAUCAGGGUUUGACCCUAAAGAACACCUAGUAUAUGAUAUGCGCGUUGGUUUUACACAUUCUAGCAAAGAUUCCCAUAAUAAAUCUGGAAAAGAUAAGGAUGACACUUUACCUGUGGCUCAGUAUUUACCAGUGUACAGUUCGGAUCUCAAGUGGAUACCACUAACCGGUCAGGAGGAUCAUUUUAAUAUCAAUAAUCCUCCUAUCCCAGUAUCAUCAACAAUACUUAUCAAUAAAUUAGCUCUUGGUGAUGAAAUCGAAGCUCGAUGUGUUGCAGUGAAAGGAAUUGGUCGGGAUCAUGCUAAAUUUUCACCCGUUGCAGCAGCUUAUUAUAAAUUUCAUCCAAUUAUCAAACUUCUUCGUACAAUUGAAGGAGAACAGGCAGUUAAGUUGCAAAAAAGUUUUGCAUCUGGUGUGAUUGGAAUAAACUCAAAAACUGGUCAAGCCUUUGUCGAUAAUGCUCGUUUAGAUAAUGGUUCUCGAGAACAUAUGCGUCAUCCUGAAUUCCGUGACGAUGUUAUUUUCGUUGGGAUGGAUUCAUCACAUUGUAUUUUCACUGUUGAAACGAUAGCUCCUGGUAGCCGCCCUCCAUCAUCAUUAGUCCGUUGUGCUUUAGGUGUUAUGAUUAGCAAAUGUUCACAUUAUAUGGCUGUUACAGAAACACCUGGUUUUGGAGAUCACGUUGAGGAGUGUAAACCACUCAUUGAUAUACCUAAAGAUAACACUGAAAGUCAUACAACUGAAAAAAAUCUAUUAUUUCCUAAAGGUAAUCGUAGUCAUUUAAAUGGACGUGAAGUUGGGCUUGAAGUAGUGCAUAUCACACAUGACAAAUCACGUGCAACAUUUACUUUCUUUGGAGAAGAUCAUACAUUAGGUUUAGCGCUUAGAUAUUGCAUUCUACGAGAUGAGUCGGUUAGCUUUUGCGGUUAUUGUGUACCCCAUCCUUUAGAGGAUAUGAUUAAUUUCGACAUUCAAAUGAAAAGUAAGUUAUUUUGAAAACUCGGCUUUAUUGAACAAUGUAUAAAAUAUGUGUGUACUUCAAACUUUCUAAAAAAUUAUCUUCCCUUAAAGUUAAUAGUAUGUGAUCUAUUCUGUCGUCAGAUAAGAAUAUCACGAAAGAUUUCCAGGUGAGAAGAACAAAUCAACCAAUGGGAUCGUGAGUGUGUAUACGAACUAAGAUAAGUGAAUCACACCACCCAGUCAUUGUCUAUUUUGAUACACAAGGACGAUAUGAGUAAGAAUAUUUUGAGAAUAAUUUGAAAAAAGUUAUUCUGUGAUAUGAAUCCAGUGUUUAGGACCACUAACUAUUGGUUCUAGUUGUAUGUGAAUGUGCAAAUAUGCUCCUUAUGAUUUUAGAAGCUAAGAGCUGGAGAUCUCUAGGUGGUGUGAUAUGUAGUGGUAGGUCGAAUUAUUUCUUAUCUUUUAAUUCUCACCCGUCUUAUUACAUUUUGUUAACUUUCUCAUCUCCAUUUAUGUCAUUUCUUUAUACCCAUUCCACCCGUAUUGAUAUUCUUUCAAACGUACUUUAAUACAUGUUUAUGAUAUAAUUACCUAAAUAUUGUAGUAUAAAUCUAUCAAUUUAUAUUGAGAUAUCGGAACUUAACAUUUACUUCAUUAAAAUUUUGAACCGAUCUAAGUUAGAUCUAGGACGAGGCGAUCGUCGAGUGCUUCCGGCUCUUCAAUGGUAGUAUAACUUACAUCGGUUCAGUAUUUUAAUGAAACUCAACAAUCUCCGAAACCCUAUAAUUUCAACUAACGUUUGUGUUUACUACAUUGUACUUGUGUUCUAUUUUAUUUAUUUAGUUAGUUAAAUGCAUAAGCAUUGAUACAAUGGAGUACCAAAAUAUACAUGCGCCAUACAAUGUAUUUAUCGUUUAAUUUUUGUGUGAGCUGUUGUAUUCUUGGGGUGCCUAAACCGAAACAGGUGGUUUUCCUGUGGGUCAUCCCCUGGUUUUUGACAUUCAGAUCUAGUCCACAAGGCAGUGUGGCAACAUAAAUGUGAUACCAUCUUAACCAGUGACUAACGAUAGUUUCAUACUCCAUUUGUUCCUUCAGGAUCCAAGAGCCCAUGUGCACCAUUGGUUUGGAAUCAGGUUAUGUGCGUACAUGUACAAGAUCUUGACUUAGUGGUUAUGCGUUCGAAUCCCCUACAUCGUUAGCAUAGAUGUGAAAUCUAGUAGCACUAAUACUUACUAUUCUUAGUGGGACUGAAUUCGAAUGUAGUAUCUAUUAGUUGACGGUCACGUACCCAGUCAUAUAAUCAAUUUUUAAGCAUAACAUAGCAUUCAUUCAUCAAAUUAAUGAAAACAUAUGUGUUUUUUAAACACUUCAGAAGGUUCAGCUAUCGAUGCUCUACGAAAUGGUCUCCAAUGUCUACGGGAUUGUUUUCAACAUAUGAAGCAAACAUUCAUAUCAGCAAUGAAAAUUUCAAGAAGUACUAGAAAAUCAUCAUAAUGAGUUGUUUUUCUUCUUUUCAAUUGUAUAUUUUCGCCUCGAUUUUGUUAGACUAUUUCUAAUACUGUUGCAAAAACAGAAACUGUACAAAAACAAUUCAAAAGUUGAAAAAAUUAUAAUACUAAUAACGAU